AUGCAAAACAGGCUGCCUUCAAGUGAUAGUAGUGCCGACGACACCACAACACCUAAUGGAAAUGACUUGGGAGAUGCGAAUGGUCAAAGUCGAGUGUACCAUCACAAAGUUAAAAUUGCAGGACGAUCUCAGUCACCUUCUACGAGCAAUAAUGAAGAUUCAUAUGGUAGUUUGGAUACACGAUAUGCUUCUGGGCCUUCUAGAGAUUUUUUUGGAACUCGAGCACUUCAGGGAUUGUCUCCCAGUCGUUUGUUUUAG